AUGUCAUCGGAAUUACUCCACACCACCCUUGGAACACCGGUUGACUCCACCCUGCCAAGGGCACCACUGACUGAACAUCGGGCCAUCGGAAUUAUUGACGACGAUGCCAUGAUUACUGUGGAAUGUGUGCCAUCCACGAUGCCGCAUUUCAGGAAACUUCGACCGGAGGUACAAACAUGUGAUAUACUGUGUGUGGUUUGGAAAACGAUUCUAGGCAAAAUUUUAAUCGAAUCUGUCAUCAAAGUGGUGAACGCACAGCGACGGUGCAGUUUUUACUUCCAAGAACCAUGCACUUCAGAGUUGAUUAAAUUUAUGCUCUACACCAGUGAUCAACCAAAUCAGCCACCGAUUCUGCUGGACAACUUUGAUCCGAUUGUUCCGAUUCACGUUAAUUUAACAUAUCAAACCAAGUUGAUUGUUCCUGGUUACGCAGAAAAUAUUUACUUCCAUGAGAUGAAAUCCAUUCGCGAUGAAUACCUCAAACAGUCGCACACAAACGUGCUAGCAGUAGACUGGCUCCCUCUAUCUAGACUUCCAUGCUAUACUUCAGCGGCGUUUCAUGUCAAACUAGGCGGUAAAUGUACAGCAGCUUUUCUUGAGGGUCUCCAGGUCAAUCAUCCAGAGUUUAACCUUAGAGAUGUGCACGUUAUAGGGUUAAGUUUGGGGGCACACUUGCCCAGUUUCGUUAGUGAUGCACUGAAGAAAUCCCUUGGUGUGCAGCUGGUGCGAAUCACAGGAUUGGAUCCUGCUUUGCCAUUAUUUCGGAUUGCCAACAGACGCUGGAAGCUGGACCCAACUGAUGCCGACUUUGUCGAUGUGAUCCACACUAACAAUGGGGGUUUUGGGAAAUACGAGAUGAGCGGCCAUGCGGACUUUUACGUUAAUGGUGGACAGAUGCAGCCAAGCUGUCGGAAAGAUGCCUCUCUCUGCAGCCAUCUGUUGGCGUUGACUUAUUUUACUGAGUCAAUUUCUAGCCAGGUUGGCUUUUGGACUACACGGUAUGCUAGCGAUGCGAAGUACAACAAAACACAAAUACUAAUGGGUGAACAUUGUCCAAGCAGAUGCUAUCGUAUCGUACAGGAUCGGGAUUGUUACCUGGGAAGUGACCGAGGUUUCUACGAAGUUCAAACAUUCGACUACGGUGCUUUCACGAAACUGAAGCCCUCGUUUCCGGUGUUUGUCGAAGGCACCGGUGCCGAUCGUAUAACACUGACACUGGCUUCGGUGUUUCAAGUUUCGCCCUUCGUGCUGACUGUCUGA